AUGGGUCUCUUCGGCCACGACAACUCAAACCACACAUGUGACACGCCGAAGUCUUUUGUCGCAGACGCGCCUGAGCCUUUAGUUGGCAGCGUGACGUUCCAUCAGCUCAACAUGGCCAUCUCUGGUGGAUGCGUGGCCUUCUCAACGCUCUCAAUUCUGAUCCUCAUAUUCAGACAUGCCACGCACUUUAGCCGACCGAACGAGCAGACCAAGAUUUUGAAGAUCUGCACCCUCAUUCCAGUAUAUUCGAUUGGCUCCUGGAUCUCGAUCGCGAAGCCGAACAGCUACAUAUACAUCACCCCCUGGCUUGAAUUCUACCAAGGCAUAGCACUCGGCAGCUUUUUCCUUUUGUUGUGCGAAUACGUCUCGCCCAGCGCUGCAUCUCGAGACGUCUUCUUCGCCGCGCUCAAGGUGACCGAGAAGAAGCGCAGAGGGCAAGACAGUGGAACCGGAGUCGACGGUCUAGAAUGGUACAGGAAGAAGUGGUUCGCGGUCUUUCAGUACCCGGUCAUCGCCCUGCUUGUGGCGAUCGCUACGGACGUCACACAAGCCGCGAACUUGUACUGCCUCACCAGCCACAAUGCGCACUUUGCUCAUCUUUGGUUGAAAAUCGCAAUCUACGCCUCUAUCACUAUGGCCGUCGUGGCCGUGGUAACAUUCUACGUCCAACUGAAGACCGACCUGAAACAGCACAAACCUCUCGCCAAGUUCCUCGCGUUCAAACCUAUCAUCGGUCUCACAUUUCUUCAAAGUAUCUUGUUCACCAUCCUCCGCUCCACGAACGUCCUCAAAGAAACGUCCAAGCUGACGUGGGCCGACGUCAACUUUGGAAUCCAGACAAUGAUCAUAUGCGUCGAGAUGGUACCCUUUAGCAUCUUCUUCCACUAUGCAUACGACGUCGGGGCGUACGACCUGUCGAAACCCAGACCGCUUCCCCUGGCUUACAUGGGAGCUCGCCCCUCUCCAGACUCGGACAGCGAGACGACGUACGCACCGCAACACAUGCAGACGAACAGCCACAGCCACAGCCACAGUGGUGAAGGGUACUACGGCGGUCCGCUGGGCGUGUGGGCGUGGAUCACCGUCUUCAAUCCCAUGGAUAUCUUGAGGGCCAUCGUCUUUGGAUUCUCGAUGAAAGCCGAGUCGAGAAAGAGAAGAAGAAUGGGGAAUAUGAGCGGUCAAGAAGAUGCCCGGAUGCCCGCUUACUAA